AUGCCUAGGCUUUCCCCAGACAACCAAGAAGACCUCCAGAAACAUUUCUCCAGACCAUCUACGCAGAUACAAUUUCUGCUGCCGCCUAGGGCUGAGGACUAUAAUGCGAACAUUCAUCAAACCGUGGAAAAUGAAGGAGGCACCAUGGCCAGGCACAAUGUCAAGGUAAGACCCCCUGCACAGCUCCCAGGCUCGCCCGCUGCCCCGAAGCUGCUCGGCCUCCUGUCCGGCACGCUCUCCGGCCUCGCGCGCUUCUUCGCCCACCUUCUCCAGCGACCCCUUCCUGGGGCUCCCCUGCGGCGCCCGGACUUCUCUCUUCUGCCCCCCGUCCUGCCAGCCGCUGGGCUCGCGCCGGGGCAGGAGGAGCGGCCGGGCCGCCUCUCGCUCCUGCUUCGGGCAGCUCUGGCCCUGCCCGGCCGACCCCCAGGGGGACGCCCGUCCCGGGAAGAGGACGCCGGCGCCGGGCAGAGCUCGCCCAGGCCCCCGAUGGGAUCAGAACCCAUGGAGAUGCGAAAGCGGCAGGUGUGCGCAGCCCAAGGGCCCGCAGCCUCCGCCCCAGGCCAGCACGGAGUGGGGAACCGGGGGUCCAACGCUCGUUGCUUCUGCUGGUGCUGCUGUUGUAGCUGUUCUUGUCUCACUGUUAGAAACCAAGAGGAACAGAGAGUCAGGAAUGCUUCCUAUGAACUCAGAACAGAGGACCUUCCCACCUGUGAAGAAAGCCCGGGUCCCACCCUGCAGGAGGCCAGCGCCUGGGCCCAGUCCUUCGACGCGCUUAUGCUCACGGCCGCGGGAAGGAACGCCUUCCGGGAGUUUCUCCGAACGGAGUUCAGUGAAGAAAACAUGCUCUUCUGGAUGGCGUGUGAGGAACUGAAAAAAGAAGCUCAUAAAACCAUGAUUGAAGAGAAAGCAAGAAUAAUAUAUGAAGACUACGUUUCUAUUCUUUCUCCGAAAGAGGUCAGCCUGGACUCCCGCGUGAGGGAGACCAUCAACAGAAGCAUGGCCGAGCCAUCCCCGCACAUCUUCGACGACGCCCAGCUGCAGAUCUACACCUUGAUGCACAGGGACUCGUACCCCCGGUUCAUGAACUCUGCUCUCUACAAAGACCUGCUUCGCUCCUUAUCUGAGAAAGCAGUGGAAGCCUAG